AAAGGGAGAGGGCGAAUUGAGUGGAAGUUUGUGCCGUGUUGAGUUGCUGAUUAAUCAAAGUUCCCAGUUAGAUUCUGUCGAAAACGGAAAGGUAUUAAGUAAACUUCGAAAGUUAAGCGUACAGUGAGUAACGGUAUCGGUAGCGCUAUAUCGACUAGCGUCACUUGUAUAAGAGUAAUGUACGAUAGUUGUUAAACUCGUGUAACCAGUACAUACUUGGAAGCAUCUGGGUUAUACCACGACAUGUAAUGACCACAUAAAACGAAAAAUGACUUGAUUUCAACUGGCAUUACUUGACGCUAAAUGUUUCACUCGACAAAAGGGAAACAAUGAGGAGAAUGCAAUUAACAGGCGAGGUUGAAAUGCUUGAAGAACCUGAUGCGCUUAAUCUGGAGAGACAGUUACGUGAGAUAUUACAUGAACUCCAGCUUAAACGUUGUCAAGUAGAAGAAGGUCGUGAAGCUUUGCACCAAGCAGUAUUAAUUCAGCAUGAGUUAGAGAGGGCGCUGGAUUCAGAGAAGCGUAAUAAUGAGGAGAUGCAGGCACAACUUGAAAUAGCUAUGGCUGCUGCACACAAGUGGGAAGAAGAACGCAGCAGCCUCCAGCAGGCAGCAUCUCGUCACCGCCUACAGCUGGAGACUACAUUGCAAGAAAGAGAUGCAUUGCGUGACCAGGCCAGGGCAGUACAGUUAGAGAAUGUGAAGCUCCAACAUGCUAUAGAUGAACAAGAUCGACAACUGAAGUGUCAGCUGGCGUAUCAAGAAAAUUGUGUUACUCGUCAGAAUAAGCUAGCUGACUCAGUACGAGAAUUAAGAAGUCAAAUGCAGAAAUUAGAAGAAGACUACCACAGACUUCAAAGUUCUGUUGAGGCUACAAAGAAACUUAGCUCACAAGUACAGCUUUCUGCAGAACACAUUACCUUUUUACAUGAAAAGGAGAAGAGCAAGACUGCAUCCCUCGAAAGAAAGAUUGUAGCCCUUGAAGUUGAGAUCCAGAAGCUCCAAAGUGAGAAGAACAUAAAUAAUGGGCUGCCAUAUACUGAUUUCCAAAAAACUGAAAUUGCACAGAUAUCAGCCCACGAGCUGCAGUCACAACUAUCAGCUGAGCGUGAUGGAAAUGCACAAUUGCAAGCUGCCUUAGAAGAUGCACUCAGAGCACAAGUUCAUUUCCAACAGCUGGAGGAAAAUGUGUCUCAGCAACUAAGCUGUGUAUCAUCAGAAUUAAGCAUGAAGGAAAAAUAUAUAUCACAACUUGAAUCUGAUAAAGCUUGUCUCUGUAAUGAAGUGGCAGCUAUAAAGAAAGAACUCAAACUAAUGGAAGAAGCUCUAAUGGACAAGGAUGCAUCUAAUAAGAAAACAGAUGCCAAGAACUCAGAAACUCAGACAGAUAUAGUCAUAGAAAAAAGUGAGAAAGGUGUUAUGUUUCAAGGGACAGAUGAAUCUUAUAGUAAUAAAAUGGCUUUGACAAUUCCUGAAGAGCAGUCAGCACAAACAGAUGGUCAACAUCCUGGUGAGACAAGUGAGAAAAGUAAUCUUCCCACUUCUAAUGACUGAAACAAAGUUUUUGUUUAUGUAAUUUUGAUCUUCAGCAGACUGAACAGAGUAGCGUAUGUGUGUUACAGACUUUACAGGGAACACUGCAUAAAACACAAACAUUGAGUUGUUAAACACAUAUUGCAUACACUAUAAAACUAGAAAAAAAUCUUCUCAGUGUCUAUGAGACUGCUCGACAGAGUGCGUGAAACCAAAAUUGCAUCAGUGUCAUAAACUGAUCAGAAGAUGCUAUAACUAUAAUCUCUGGAGAUUGGAACUAUUUUACUUCAUUAUGUGUAGCCAGAGAGAAUGGAUGGAAACUCCAGGUUGGAGCUGCAGAGAUAACUGAUUAUAAACAUAAUGUACAGUGUUAGUGUUUAGACCCAUUUUUUCUUAAUGUUAUUUAUAGGAUAAAAAAUUUUGGUAAAUGGAUGUAACUGUACUUAUUUUAUAUAAGUAUAUAGAGAACUCAGCUUGGAAUAUUUUAUUUCCUUAUUGGUGUAAAACAUAAUAAUAUUAACAAAUUAUUUAGUAAAUACAUUCUACUCAACUUGCUGGUUUUCAGUGAUCACAAAA